CCCCAACACGUCGUCUGCAGCAAAUUGGCAUAUAAUUAAUUAGUGAUAGAGGCAUCAAGCUUGUUGUGAAAACACAUUUGUUAAGAAAAAUGGAAGACGACGAUGAAGUUGAUGUUCUAGGGGAUUUCUGUCUAAAUCUUGAGACGGAUUUGAACCAAUACGAUGCCGGGGAGUUUCCUACACAGAAUUCGGAAUUAUUGGGCGAUUACAUGCAACAUCCUUGGCUUCUUGAAAGUUCACAAGUUUGGAAUAUGCCAAUGAUGGAUCAUGCCAAUGAAGAUAAGAACAAAACACUUAAUUGGGAGAAUAUGCUCCAUGAAGAAAAAAAACACUUUUCAAACAGUUUACCCAUGGCGAACCCUCCAUCAACCACCACAUCUGCUGUAGUUGCUUCAAAAGUGAGUCCUAUAUGGACUAAAGAUGAUGUUGCAUCUCUUCGAAAAGGAAUUGGUCUCCACAAUCAAAAUUGGAGCAAGGUUGCUAGAGCAGUUGGAACCAAGACUACUCUUCAAGUGAAAAGUUACAUUAAAUCACAUCCAGAACUUAUUACAAGUUCAUCAGUUCACAUUUCCAAUACCCCAUCACCUCCUCAGUUCAUCAAUGAAGUGGAAGUUACAAACGAAGAACCAACCUUUCACUUUUCUAUGGGUGAUAUUGUUUAUGAAGCAGAAGUUCCUGCUGUAUCCACAGAAGAAGUAAUUGCUAGUGUGGCACCUACCAAGUGGGACUUGACUCCGAAAAAAAAUAGCAAAAAGACGAACCGUUCAAAACCAAAAUCUCCUACAAAAGAAAUAAGGCGGGUAAAAAAUCCACUCUUAGUAAAGAAAGCGCCUGGAAGACCUAGGAAAAUUUCAAAAGACUUAUCCAUCCCCCAAUUAACAAAUUGUAAUAUAAUAAUUGAUGAUGCCACACUUACAAAGAAACCGGUUCCCAUUCUUCAAGGAGAAAUUAUUCGUUUACAAAGAACAAGUGAACUAGUAGAUUCUAGCGAUUCCGAAGUUGAUAUUGAUUGCAGUGACGAUGAAGAGGAACGUACAGCCAACAAACCUCAAACCAUUUUAAAAGAAACCCUAAAAUUACAGUCUUCUUCUGAUGAUUCUUCUGUUCCAAUUAAAAACGAAAUUCAAGAAGCUGAAAUCAUAGAAACUCUGGCACUACCACAGCCGUCUGAGCCAUCAACAAAAUACGCACAAGAAGAUAAAAGUGAAUGUGAAUCUUCUGAGACUGAUUCCAAGAACCCAGAUGUUGGAUUAAUGGACGCUGAACCCCCGCAGCCCGUCUUCACGUUUCCAGCUCCCCUAGAAGAGCGAACCGUUGCAUUUACUAUUAUCACAGAUGAGGAAAAGACGAUUCAUUGGGAUUUCUUCGAGGGUCGUCCCAGUAAAACACCAGAAAGGUACAUGAAGAUUCGUAACAGCAUUGUUCAAGAGUGGCGCAGAGUAAAACCCCGUUACCUCACAAAAACAUCCGUUCGUCCUUCCCUCAAAAACUGCGGAGAUGUUAACUGUAUCAGCCGAGUGCACGCUUACUUGGAGUUGACAGGGGCCAUAAACUUUGGAUGUGAUCAGGUACAAUACAACCGUCCGUUGCCACCAGUGCCCUGCCAUCGAGAGAGAAUGGCGAACAGCAGUACUCAUUUUGUGAACAACCUUCCUCUCAUUUCCGGACUACCAGCAAGGGUCAGGAAGAAGAGACCCCAUCAUGAAAAUGGAGACGAGAAUGGCGGGUACACAAUUAGCCACGACGGCUCUCAAGGGAGCUCAUUCAUUUCGAAUUCAGGAUCUACUAGUCCACAAAAACAAAAACCGAAAAAAAGAACAAAACCACAACUUGAGGAGAAAUCUCCUUUUCAGUUAGUUCCAUGUCUAAAUUUUGGUGGCGAGAAAGAGGCACCUUUCAGCGUACAACUUUCGGUGGAAGCGCUUGUAGUUAUUGACCUCCAUUCUCAUACUUGCACAACAGAAAUUAUUGGCUUACUUGGAGGCCACAUCUAUCCGGGAUCAGAUAAGUCUCCGGCUACGUUAUCCAUCGAAGCCGCUCAACCGUGUCGAAGUCAGGCAACUAACCAUCAAUGUGAAAUGUGUCCUAUUUCACAAACAGAAGGCAGUGAGGAGUUACGAUCGCGCGGUCUUGAAAUUGUAGGCUGGUAUCACUCUCAUCCGACAUUCCCUGCUCUCCCUUCUUUACGCGAUUUAAAUACUCAGAACGAAUUCCAGCAAUGGUUUUCCCGGCAAGAUGCACCUUUCGUCGGCCUAAUUGUUAACCCCUUUUCUUCUUCUGGGAUCAAAACAUCCAUGUCUCUCAAAUCAACAAUUCGAUGCAUCACCGUUCAUGACGAUUUACCGUAUAAGCAUGAGCUACCGGUAUUCGAUUGCGGGGCAAAUGAAUUGAACAAAGUCCGAAUAACGCUUGAUGUUUUGGAGACAAACCUAGAUGUGUGUCCAACUUUGGUUCCCCUGAACAGCAAGUAUCCUUACCUUCCAACGCGCUCUGAAGACGGGAUUUUGAAUUACGCCAAAAAAGCUCUGUCUAGUAUAAGAGCACACUUGGAGAACGUAGUUACAGGGUCACUUAUGAAUGACAUCGAGGAACUAGCUGAAGGAUUCCUGAAUCGAUUAAUAGCACGUCAUGCCAGUCGUGUAAUCGUCUCCCCUGUUUUUACGAGUACCCUACCUUGCAGCGACUCCAAUUAAUUUAUCAGUACAGGUUUACUGAUUAUGAUUGAAUCAAAUCACCCUCCUCUUAUGAGAAAGACCACGCUCACAUGUACAUAUAGCAUGAAUUUUAAUCCGGGCGACUUCUUGUUGUGUUUUCUUUGUUCUGAACUUUAAUAAAUCAGACACACUUUCA